GCCUACUCCUCGAAGCAAUACAAUACAAUCCUAUACUAUACUGAGUCAUCGUCUUUCCCUUCCUCUCCUUUCUUGCGGGCAUUGAUUUCUGAAAAAUUAACUAAAGCAAUCACUCAAUCACCAUGAAAGUGGGUGAAAGUGGUGGAGUUUGAAGAAGAUAACCAAAUCAAACGAACCCACCAGCCCCAGCCAGCAUCCACACAAACAAAGUGGCUUUGCUUUGUUUAGGCGCCCAAUGAUUUCAAUAUCUCCAUUCUCCACCAUUACCAAAGCAAAACCACCCGCCAAUCUUCGAUCUUAAUUAAAAGCUAGUCCUUCCUUUAUCCCCACCCCGGUCCUAAUCCCAAUCCCAAUUCCAAUUCCAGUCUCAGUCAAACAUAUACCAUAUGAUACGAACCUACCUACAAUCUGAUAAUCAUCAGAUAACCACCAAAGUUUUUGAUGAGGUCGACAAGUAUCCAAUCCUAAAACAACAAUGAGCAACUCGUUCAACAGCUAAACCACCGGACAAAAACAUACCUUCUCCUCCUUUACAAAUCAUACUACCACGUGAGUGAGGACUGAGAACGGAUGGACGUUCGAGUUCGACUGGCGACUGUGCCUUCCUCAACACGUUCCCUUCAUUCAUUCAGUCCUUUGAACUGCAUACUUUCCAGCUGAUGGAUCUGUCCUUUUGCCUUCCUUCUUUUGCAUUGUGUUGCACUGCUGCUGGUUGGAACACUUUUUUAUUUAUUUUUAUUUCCUAUUUUUUUGACCGACUCCGGCUACACAAACGUGUGCUUGUUCGCUUGCUGCCUUUGCUUCUUUCUUUCUUUCUUCUUCUUCUUCAUACAUCCAUGCAUCAUGCAUUUCUGGCUUGCUUGCUAGCUAGCUAAUUGGUACUGUUUUCUGGUAUUACGGCUGGCAGUUGGGCUACUUGUUUCGCCUGAUAUCAUAUCAUAAAUCAUAUAAGUAUAUUCUUUGAUAAUAGAGCUAGGUGCAUCAGCAGAGCAGAGCAGAGUAGAAUCAAUCAAUGGUUUGGGAGCCAUCCCUACCCUCCUUCACCCCACACCACCAGCAUCCUUCCGCCACCCGCACUCCCAAGUUCUCUACCUCCUUUGCUAACCGGAUUUUCUCAGAUGUUGCUGGCGACAUCACAAUUUUCGUGGACGGAGAAUCCUUUUUACUGCAUAAGUUCCCCCUCGUAGCUCGAAGUGGAAAGAUCCGAAAGCUAGUUGUGGACGCCAAAAAUACACAUCUUUCGAAGCUUCAACUUACUGGUUUUCCAGGAGGACCAGAAACAUUUGAACUUGCUGCCAAAUUUUGCUAUGGGGUGAAUUUUGAGAUCACACCAACAAACUUGGCUCCCUUGCGUUGUGCUGCAGAGUACUUGGAAAUGACUGAAGACUAUCAUGAACAGAGCCUUGUGCAGCGCACAGAAACCUAUCUUUCGGAAGUUGUGUCUCCAAGUCUUGAAAAAUCAAUUGAGGUUCUAUCUGUAUGCGAGAAAUUACAGCCUCUUGCUGAUGAUAUAGGAAUUCCUGAUGCAUGUAUCGCAUCCAUAGCCAGAAAUGCCUUCCAGGAACAGCUGGUAUCCAGUCAAUCUGGAUUGGGCUGUAAUCUUAAGGAUAGGUGUCUCGAGUGGUGGAUUGAAGAUCUAUCGGUGCUGGGGAUCGAAUUUUAUUAUCGAGUAAUUCGUGCCAUGGAACAUAGUGCUGUUAGGACAGAUAGCAUAGUUGUCUCAUUGAUGCAUUAUGCGCAAACAUCACUGAAGGGUGUUGGGAAUCCUCAAAUAUGGAAUCCAGCAAGAACAGAUUCUAGCUCAUUGGACGAUGGCCAGAAGGUGAUUAUGGAAUCUCUAGUGACUCUGCUACCUGCAGAGAAUAGCUCAUCCAUUCCAUUGAGUUUCUUGUUUGGGAUGCUGAGGGUAGCUAUCAUGGUGGAUGCUAGCUAUGCUUGUAGGCUUGAGCUGGAGAAGAGGAUUGCUUAUAGAUUAGAAACGGCACUGCUGGAUGAUCUUCUUAUACCAUCCGCCCAGACAGGUGGUUCCUUGUUUGAUGUGGGUACCAUUCACCGGAUUAUGGUACAUUUCUUGCAAAGGAUUGAAGAAGAAGAAGUAGAAGAAGAAGAAGGCAGCGAAGAAUGUGGAUAUGAAUCCGAAGAAAUAGAGUUGGGAUGUCCAGGCCAUGGAUCAGUGCUUAAAGUUGGAAGGCUGAUGGAUUCAUAUUUAGCUGAAAUUGCUCCAGACCCCUACUUGAGCCUGGCCAAGUUCACAGCAAUAAUCGAGGUCCUACCUGAUUAUGCCCGUGUCAUUGAUGAUGGACUCUACAGGGCCAUUGACAUCUACUUGAAGGCACAUCCUAUGCUGAAUGAAGAGGAAUGCAAGAAACUGUGCAAGCUCAUAGACUGUCAGAAACUAUCUCAAGAAGCCUCCAACCAUGCAGCCCAAAAUGAUCGCCUCCCUGUCCAGAUGGUGGUUCAAGUGCUCUAUGUUGAGCAGCUGCGAUUGAAGAGCGCGUUGUCCAGUCCAGAUGGAUUGGUGUCGCAGUCACAGAGGAUGAUGACAGGCAGCGGGGUUCCGAGCACGGGGAUGUCUCCACGGGAUACAUAUGCGUGUAUGAGGAGGGAGAAUCGGGAGCUGAAGCUGGAGAUAUCGAGAAUGAGGGUAAGACUGAGCGAGCUGGAGAGAGAACAGGCGGCGAUGAAGAAGGGACAGGGGGUGACGGCGGGAGGAGGCAGCAAGUCCAGGCUGCAGGGGAGAACUUUGUUGAGCUCCAUAUCUACAGGGAUAGGGAGGGGGAUUGGCAUAUUCAUCAAUCAUAGUAAUAAUAAUAAUACUAAGAAGGAAGAUGGAAGCACCAGGGCAACACGUCCAAGGAAGGCAGGCAAGAGCUAG